AUGGGAGCCCCGCCAUCAGAUUCCACUUACGUCUUCGACAACUACGAGAACGGCAAGCCAAAAUGGGCGCCUGGCAAAGACCACCAGCGUGACUACCAUGAGUACCGCGACAACCGGCGAGGAGAUCAUCGUCGUCCUCGUAGAAACAGAUACGACGAAGAUGAAGCGCCUCCACCUCCACCGCCACAAGCACAGGGUGCAUAUCCUCCACCCCCGCCGCCAGGACAAGGAGCACCGCCACCACCUAGAGACGCACCUCGAGACUCUCGACCCCGCCAUCAUCGCAGACAGCCCUCAUACUCGUCCGACUCCGAUUCAGGCGGCCCACCCCCACCUCGCCGCAGCCACCGCCGCGACGAGCGCCCCCGCCACGCCCGCGAGGACACCUACGACUCGUACGACGAAAACUACCCUCGGCGUCGCCACCGCGAGUCCGGCCGCCGCGACCGCGACGGCUACAAAUCCGAAGGCUACAAGUCCGAAGGCUACAAAUCCGACCGCAGGCCCCGCGACCGCGACCCUUACUACUCCGACCGCGACCGCCGUGAGAAAUCUCGUGGCGACAGGGAUCGCAGACACCGCGAUGACCACCACCGCUACGAUGACGACCGCCGCUACGACGACAUGUUCAACAGUCGCCCGGCCCGCCGUGACACGCGCUAUGAUGAUAGGCCUCCACCGCGCGAUCGACGCGGAUACUAUGAUGACUAUGAAGACCGCUAUGGCGAUCGCAGGAGGAGCACGAGGGACAGCAAGGCUAAGCCUGAGUGGCAGAAGCAGGCCCUCGGUAUGUUUAAGGAUUAUGCGCUGCCGAUUAUUAAGAAGGAGGGCGCCAAGUAUGUCCAGAAGCAGAUGGCUAAUGGGUUUGGAAAGCGUUGA